UAGACGCGUUAGAGUAGGCAGGGGAGAAAGAGAGCGAGGAAGAGAAAGCGAGAGGAGGAGGAACGGGUAGAUAAGGAAUAAAGGUGUAACCCAAUCUACUGACACAAUCAAGGGAGGGCUUUUUCCCCCCUUAUCUUUAUUUCUAAAUGAUUUCAUGGGGCUUUGGCGUUUAUUCUAAGCAGAGCGAGCAGGGAGCCAUUCACUGUUUCUGACGCGUAAGGUUGCCCCUACACGCCUUUGGGCAUCACCGCUGAUGCAGGAUGAUAGGAUUAAUUGUAUAGCGUAAAUCUGUGACAAAGUAUUCUUGCGAUCCACAGUGAAGAAAGAGGAGGAGGAGGCAAACUAUGAUCCGAGGAUGAUUUCUGCUAAGAAAACUCCGGAGAAGAGUCGUUAUCCUAUCCACUAUCUGGUGUGGCACAACAAACACCGACAACUGGAGAAGGAGCUUGCAAGGAACGAGCAGACCGAUUUAGAGUCUCUGGACCCUCGCGGUCGUACUCCUCUUCACCUCGCUGUCACGCUGGGCCACCUGGACUGCGCCAGGGUCCUGCUGCAGCACGGCGCUGACGUUAGCAAGGAGAACCGCAACGGAUGGACAGUUCUUCAGGAGGCGGUGAGUACCAGAGAUCCGGAGCUGGUGCGUCUCGUGCUUCGUUACCGUGACUACCAGAGGACUGCCAAGAGACUGGCGGGCAUCCCCGUCCUGCUGGAGCGACUGCGCCAACAGGCCCAAGACUUCUAUGUGGAGAUGAAAUGGGAGUUUACCAGCUGGGUGCCCCUGGUGUCUCGCAUCUGCCCCAGUGACACAUACAGAGUUUGGAAGAGUGGUCAGUGUCUCCGUGUUGACACCACCCUGAUGGGAUUUGAACAGAUGACCUGGCAGAGAGGAAACCGGAGCUUCAUUUUCAAGGGACAGGACUCCAGCGCAGAGGUGAUGGAGGUCGACCACGACAGGCAGCUGGUGUUCCGUGAGACCUUGUGCGUGUCAUCCCUCACAGCGCUCUCGCCGGGCAGGGGGAAGGGUGGUGCCUGCAGCAGCACCACAGCUGGGUUGGGCCUUCUGGGAGUAAUGCAGCCCACUGACGAGCAGGUAGCGGCCCGGCUGUCUGCCCCAGUGGUGACCACGCAGCUGGACACCCGCAACAUCGCGUUCGAGAGGAACAAGACGGGCAUCCUGGGAUGGAGGAGCGAGAAGACCGAGACGGUGAAUGGAUAUGAAGCAAAGGUGUAUGCAGCAUCCAAUGUUGAGCUGAUUACCAGGACCAGAACCGACCAUCUGUCAGACCAGAACAAGAACAAGAUAAAAGGUGGGAAGACUCCACUGCAGAACUUCCUCGGGAUUGCAGAACAGCACAUGGGGCCUAAUAACGGGGCUCUGGUGACCCAGAUGUCGUCCCCCGUGGUGACAAACCCCGCUGCGCUGACCGCCGAGGAAUACUUCAACCCCAGCUCGACGACCACUCAGAGGGAUAUCGGCCACCCGUGCCAGCUCACAACCAAGACGCAGAGGUUUAAAGCUAAGUUGUGGCUGUGUGAGUCCCACCCUCUUUCCCUGGCAGAACAAGUGGUGCCUAUCAUCGAUCUCAUGGCGAUCUCGAACGCCCUGUUCGCUAAGCUGCGUGACUUCAUCACUCUGCGUUUGCCGCCUGGCUUCCCUGUCAAGAUUGAGAUCCCUCUCUACCACAUCCUGAAUGCCAGGAUCACCUUUAGUAACCUGAAUGGCUGUGAGGAGGGAGCCGGUGUCCGUGCUGACAACGAAGUGGUGGUGGAGGGCGAAAGACAGAGGGACACCCCGAGGACAGACACCCCUUCUCCGGGCAGCGACUCGUCCAGCGUCUCCAGCUCUAGUUCCACCAUGUCCUGUCGAGCCAGUGAGAUUCCCCCGUGUGUGUUUGAGGCCCCACCUGGAUACACCAUGCUAGGAGGCAAACAGAGAGACAGCAUGAGGGAGGAGGAGGAGGAUCUGCUGCAGUUUGCCAUACAGCAGAGCCUUCUGGAGGCUGGCUCCGAAUACGAUCAGGUGACCAUCUGGGAGGCGCUGACCAACAGCAAGCCGGGGACUCACCCUCUGUCCUGCGACCCGAGUCGUGUCGAGAGCACCCCCCAGCACAAGCCCCGCCCCCCCACCAGCCUUUGCUCCACCCCCUCCAAGAAGAAGCCGACCACCUGCAGCUAUGACGAGCAGCUGCGUAUCGCCAUGGAGAUCUCAGCCCGGGAGCAGCAGGAGGCAGAGCUUCGGCAGCAGCAGGAGGAGGAGGAGCUGCAGCGCAUCAUCCAGCUGUCACUCAUGGAGAAAUGAGCCCCUCACCCCACACCCUCCCUCUGAACCAGGCGGUCCUGCCAGGGUGGGGGGUUUGGACUGAGGGGAGGUGGGUGGAAAAGGGCAGGUGUCCGCUUAAAAUCUUGGAAAUUUAAAAAGAAAACCAUCUUAGAGGUAACAUCUGACCUGGCCGUCCCUCCCCUCGCCUCAGCCAGACCCUUUUCCCAUGAAGCCAUGAGGUGGUUGCGUCUGCCCGGCUUCACAAAGCCAGAGACGGACGCACGCCUGGUCUCUCUUCUGCCACAUUGGCACUUUCUCAACAAGUGCCAGUUUACAACCAACGACACAUCCGGUACAGUUUAACAGGAACUCCGUCUCGAAUUAAUGAUUUCUUGGGGGGUGUUUUGCAAGGGUGCGUGUUUGUCUGUGCGUGUGUGUGUGUGCGUUUAAAACAAACCAGCUCAACGCACAGAAGGUCAAUAAGGUCAACUAAACAGUUCCCCUAAAUGUAGUGUGUCAGGCCAACUCACUGCUCCAGCACCUAAUGCACACUCACCCCACGCUCCCGUCACCACUGAGCGCGUGUGGUUUUCAGUUCUGACUGCAUCGAAGAGCGCAGCGGCGUGGAGAACGCCUUCCUCAUUUGAAGGCCGAUAAAUAAUCAGACUUCCUCAGUUUUUAAUGAAAAUUUUUAAAAUGAUGGACUAAUGUGUUUCUUCUUCUUCUCUUUUUUUUUUUUUGAUUUGCACAAAAUCCAGAUGUACUGUACUUGUGGGUGAAGCACAUAUAUGACUGUUAAUGGAUGUUUGAGUUUGAGCACAAAGUUUAAAACAAAAAAAGAAACCCAGGCCGGGGUCUAGUUUUAAACCCUGACGCCGGGCUUUGCAAGGAGCACAGUAAUGAUGAGACUCCCAGAUGAACACUAGGUGUGUACUAACUAUACUGUAUGUGAAGUAGAGCAUUUAUUAAUAAAAACAGUAACAGGAAUAAAGGUUUGUAUGUGGAUCGUGGGUUAGAGAAGAGUUUUCUCUGUAAAUUUGCUUUUUCUCACCUUACAUGAGCUGAUGGUUGUUUGUUUUUGUUUUUUUGUGAGUGUGUUUCUGUGCAUUAUAAUAUUUCAGCAUGGUCUGCACCCAAUGAAAGGGGUGGGGGUCUAUUGUGACUUACGGCAAGUUUCACUGAGCAAAAGUUUUUUUUAAAAGCUGAAAACUAAAAUCCAGUGUAAAAUCACCCCUCAAAUUUUUUCUUAGAAAUUGGCAGGGUGCAAAUGUAGAUGAGCUCUGAGGGACUUGUUUUGUUUUUGUGUGGAGGAUGACGAGAGCAGGGACACCUUAUGCUCUGUUUUUUUUUUUUUAAUUAAGUGAGAAAUGUAAAACUUUCAGCAUCAGCACAAACUGAGGAUACCACCUUCUCUUUUCCUUCUGUAAUUCAUGGUUCUAAGCUUUCCCGGUUGGGUUAAGAAGUUAAAAAAAUGCUCCUUUUGUUUUUUACUUUUUGAAAAAAUGUUGCAAAACGUUAAAAAAAGCACGGUGUUUUCAUGACGUAUGCUGGGAAGUGAAUUGACAUGAUUUAAAUAAAGGAAAAUCUUUUUUUUUUGGAGAGCAAUGUAGAAAUGUGUUAUUUGAUUUUUUUUUCCUUAAGCCUUUCAAAUGCUCUGUAAAUCCCUUCACCACCCCCCAAACCACACACACGCGCGCUACAGUUCUUCCACUGUUAAGUUCGUUUCCGUGGUCCUCUCCAGUGGAGGACAGUGACAAAAGCAAUUUAUUUCACACGAGAUUGGGGAAUGCUGCGGCGUCUGUCAGCACCAGAGAGAGCUCAUCCGUUUUUAGCAGCUGCCACCUUCAUCAUCGUCCCUGUGACAUGGAUUCCCAGAGCUGAAGAAGUCUGAUCCAACUGGGUUGUUUUUUUUUUUUUGUUGUUUGGCUGAAGUUAUUUUAGGCUUACAAGGGAGAAAAAAAGGGGAGCAGAUUAGAGGCUGUAAAACCUCCAAGAAACAGCACUCAGGACAGAGAAAAAAAGGACGAACCAGCAGUGCGCAUUAUGAAAAAUACCAGGACUGUGGAAGGUACCGAGCUGCAAGCCUAUGUGAAACGAAUUUGCAAAGAGCUGCUGAUAUAAGUCGCGUUCAGAGCAUCAGUAUGCAAAGAGGAAGGAUGCCAAUCUCAGCCUUUCUCCUCUUCUGCUCCACUGAUUUUUAUUCCCUCUCCUCAUGAUAAACACACACACACACACACACACACACAUAUUUUAUUUGAAAAUCCUUCUGCUGUGUCUGCUGAGGUGGAUUUAAUUGGUGAAAACGUCAGGGGAUCUCAGCUUUUCCUCUUGAUUCACUUAAACCACCAAAGAGUCUUUUGGUCUUCAUAUAUGGAGCCUGUGAGUUUUGAUGUCUUAGUUAUCUCCAGCCUCUCUUUUUUUAAAAGCAGAUUCAGUCCUUUAAUGUCAGUCUGUGCCUCGUGUCUGCGUGUGGGUCUCUCAGCAGGGGCUCCGGUGGCCUACAUCUCAGUAUUUAAUUACCCACAUGAAACAGUAGGUAAAAUGUCAGCCUGAAAUAAGCUGCGCUGAACACUGAUGGAGAUCAUUUCCCACUGGAGUUGGCACCGACGUGCUUAAAAGAUCGGUUAGUUGUAGUUAAAAACGAGAGGUAAAAUGUAUUUCUAUUAAGGAUGUGCUUUUCAGUCAUUCGAAAAGAGAAGCUUGGUAGUGGCAAUACCCGAUGUCAUGAAAUCCAGUUUUAGUGCGUG